AUGAAGUUUUCCGCGAGCCUAGCCUUCACCCUCGCCGCCGCUGCCGCCGCCGUCGCCGCAGCGGACGACGUCGACCUCCGGGACCUGCCCGUCACCCGGGAGGGCACCCACCUCUACCUCAACGGCACCGAGUGGAAGGCCGUCGGCCCCAACGUAUACUGGCUCGCCCUCGACGAGAACGUCGUCCCCCGAGGGCGAGCCGUUCUACGAGCCCAAGAACAUCAGCUACCCCCACCCGGACCGCGUCACCGAGGUCAUGCGCAUCGUCAAGGCCAUGGGCGGUACCAUGAUUCGCGCCCACACCAUCGGCUCCAACACCGGCUCUCCCUGAGCCUCAUGCCCGAGGCCGGCGUGAUCAACGAGGAUGCCUGGGGUCCCAUCGAUUGGGCCAUUUACCAGGCGAGGCAGCACGGCAUCAGGCUCAUGGUUCCUCUCGUCGACAACUAUGACUACUACCACGGCGGCAAGUUCGACUUCCUCCGCUGGGCAGGGCACAACCUCACCCAAGCCAAAGACGCCACCAACCCCGCCAUCAUGGCCUUUUACGAGGACCCCGACAUCGUCGCCUCCUUCAAGUCCUUCGUCACCGACCUCCUCACCCACCGCAACCCCCUCACCAACCUCACCCUCGCCGAGGACCCCACCAUCUUCGCCAUCGAGUCCGGCAACGAGCUCCUCGGCCCCAAGUGGGGCGACAUGAACUGCCCCGCCGCCUGGGUCCGCGACGUCGCCCGCCACGUCAAGGCCCUCGCCCCCGCCAAGCUCUUCGUCGACGGCACCUACGGCGUCAACGCCACCCACUUCGACGUCGACGAGGUCGACAUCUUCUCCGACCACUUUUACCCCGUCGACGUCGCCAAGCUCAAGUCCGACAUCGCCAAGCUCGAGGACGCCGGCCGGCCCUCUUCGUCGGCGAGUACGCCUGGACCCCGGCCGCCGAUCCCCUUGUUCGGGCGCAACAUGCCCGAUUGCAAUGACUGGGUCGAGCACGAGGACGGCUUCACCAUCAAGUAUGGUGACCCUACCAACUCCGAGGCCGUAGACGCCAGAAUCAGGCUCAUUAGAAAGCACUUCACCAAGAUGAGCCGCGGUGAAGACAUAGAGGAGGAUGAAGAACUCCCUGUUAUCCCCUGCCCACUAGAGGAAGACGCCGAGUGA